AAUCGAAAAAAGAGGCAAAAAUAUGAUAAAGGUGGAGUGAAGAGUAUCUUCUCUCCUUUUCACAGAUUAUAUUAUUCGGCAAGACAAGCAAGCAAUAACACAAAAAUGGCUCACAAAAGCGUCAGCUUAUCCCAUGGUUUGACUAGCAAGGAAAAAUCUUAUGUUAUAUGCAGCUGCCAAAACAAAUCUAACAGAUUCGUGAACUUAAAAAUACUAGCUUCAAAAGCAGUACGAAACAAAAAGAUAUUUUCGGUAUACGGCAGCUGUAGUGCAGUAAGAAAGGCAUUAAUAGAGCGUGGUUGGGUUGAAAAAAUGCCGGCCAAUCAAAUGAACCUAUUGAAAAUACGCACUAACUCUUUCUCAAGUAAAACUAAAAUGCAAAAUGAACUUGAGAGACUCUGCUUGUCCAAUCUUGUUGAAAAAUAUAAUCCAAACUUUGUAUGGCGCACAAAGGAUCAGCGUCGUGACACUACCAUUGAUAUGAAUAAAGAUUGUAACAUAAUCAUUAACAAAUUGGAAACUGAUGCAACGUGGACUUCAAAACAAGGGCUUUGCUCCUCGAUAAAAAGAAACUAUUGGUUUCAUAUAGAAGAUGUAGCUGAAGUUAACAGUCCUCGGUCAUAUAACACUUCUGACUCCGGUGACAUAGAUGGUUUUGUAAAAGAUUAUAAAAUUACUGCCUGUACGAGCUUAUUGAAAUGGAUAUUAUCAAUGGUAGCUAACGAUAGACCUGUGUUCGUCGAUACGGGAAAAACUUCUAUGAACGUCAUGGUAUUUGCAAUAAACCGAUGCAAGGAAUAUCUAUUGAGUAAGCAGAAUAAGGAUAUUGAUCGACCUAUACAGGCUAUCAGCACCCGUCAAUGGGAUUCCUUUUUGAAAAAAUAUUAUUGUAUCAUAGCAAAAGAAGAUUUUUUUCAACCUGACAAAGCAACUAAGCUUUCCUUAUAUCUGAGCUAUUCUAAAUUCUUACUGAAGGAAAUACACAAGUAUCGACCGCAGUUAAGCUGUGAAGGAUGUCACAACAUUUGGAUAAUUAAGCCUUCUUGUUGUUCGAGAGGCCGUGGUAUUCGUAUGGCUUCAAAAUUAGGAGUGAUAAUGCAAUUAUUGAAUAAAGCUACUGCAAAAUAUGUAAUACAAAAGUAUAUAGAGGAACCAGAACUAAUCUAUGAAACUAAAUUUGACAUAAGACAAUACUACCUUGUAACAAGCACGUAUCCCUUGACCAUUUGGAUGUACAAAGAUUGCUAUUUAAAGUUCAGCUCACAAAAAUACAGCUUAAAAGAUUAUCACGAAUCAAUUCAUCUUACAAAUAAUGCCGUUCAAAUUAAAUACGUUAACUGUCCAGGAAGACACGCUGAAUUGCCAAUCAAUAAUAUGUGGGAUUUGGACAAGUACAAAUCUUACUUGAAUAAAAUUGGAAAAGAUGAUGCUUGGGAUAGAAUUAUUUAUCCGGGAAUGAAAAAGUCAAUUGUUAGUAUUAUGCUGAGUUGCCAGGACUCCUUAUCUGUAAGCAAGAAUCGUUUUGAAUUGUACGGAUGUGAUUUUAUACUCGAUAAAGAAUACAAACCAUGGCUUAUUGAAAUCAAUUCUUGCCCGGAUUUGAAUCAUACCACACAAGUUACUGCUAAAGUUUGUCCAGCGGUAGUAUCGGAUAUCAUAAAAGUUGUUAUAGACUAUGCCAAAAAUCCAAAGGCUUCAACUGGGAGAUUCGAACGUAUCUACCGACAGCCAUUAACAUUGCCGCAUUAUAGCAACGUUGCCGAUCUGUCUCUGCGAGGAUAUUCGUUGCCCAUAGACUAUUUUUAUAAAGGAAAUGUUGAGGUACAAGAAAUGUAUGAGGAUUCUAAAAUUGGCAAACAAAAUUUACUGAAACAAGCAUAUAACACAGAUGUGAUCAUGAAACCACCGGAAGAAGAGUUUAACUUUCCCGAUAAAAAUGAAAAAAACACGUGUACUCAUAAAACCUUUUCCGAAUACAAAAUGGGUGUCGUAGCUAAUGUUUUUAACGAAACACUGGAAGAGUUGAUGGACAGAAUUACAUCAAAUAGUAAUUUCAGUGCCCGUGCGAAAUUUGAUCAGUGUCCAUCCUCGCCUUCAAAUCUGAUACAGAAUGUAUGCAGUGUAACCAACCUUCAAAAUCUUGUAAGGAAAUCUGUUAAUAUUACUGCUGCAUUGGAUAAUCACGUCCAGACUUUUAAUUUUAGUAAACUGGAUGACGCUCCUCGCGGUAAAGGUAGUGUUAUUGAUUGCAGCCCCAUCAACAAAACACUUUUAAAUCAUUGCAAUGCUGCUAAGAUUAAACAUGUAAAACAACUUUCCAACGAAGUAGAAUUACGUAACUCAACACAAGACGUUAUAAAUGCAACUAUAAAAAUAGUCUCAUUUAUAAAUAAAAAAGAAAAAGAGUAUGAGGAUAUAAUAUGAGUAAACUAUAAAUAAUAAAUAA